AUGAGCCUACAAACCGGGGCGACCGUCAUCACGCUCUCUCUCCUAUUGAACAAAAUCAGUGGGCUCUACGGCCUGCUUGCCCUCCUAACGGGAUAUCAUCUUUCCCCCUUCCAACUCUCGAUGUACAUCUACUCGAUCCUGGGCCUGGCAUUAACGGCCUUUCUGGCCCCACAUAUCCGACUACAAUCGCCGCUACAAUGUCUCGCGCUGGCCUGGUUCUAUCUCCUCGACAGCGUCAUCAACGCAGCUUACACUGCCGCCUUUGCCGUGACCUGGUUCCUCGUUAUCUCCCAACACCACGAGCCCGGAUCCGCGGCGUCCGGCCCAGGUAGCUCCAUGAUGGGCGAGACAGCUGGCUUCAUCACUCCCAAAUUGAACGUCUCUUCCGUGCUUGUAGAUGGCAGUGAGGGUAGCGAUGUUUCAGCCAGCUCUCAACCCUCCUCCACCCCCACCAGAACUUCAAGUGGAGCUCAAUCUGGUUCCGCAAGCCUUGGAAACGCCGUCCUGCAACCAGAAAGCUUACAGAGCAUCGGAAUCAUCUGCACCCUAUGGACCAUCCGCGUUUAUUUCGUCUUUGUAAUGCUAUCCUUUGCGCGCCAUUGUAUCUUACAACAUUCGUUUCACGCUCGCACGUCCGUCUCUCGCCGUCGCUCUCUUCAUACUCAUAGCCGCAACACCUCCCUAAUAAGUAAUAUAGAUAUCGACCCGAACCCAUUCAACAUCCGAUCUCCAGAAGGGCAGGGAUGGAAGGGAAAAUUGGGCCGCAUUAUGGUCUCUGUAGGCCGCAACUACUGGCUUGAAGAUGACGAUCAUGGCUGGUUAAAUGGGAUGAAUAGAAAGUUCCGCAAGAGUGUUGACCCGGUUGGUUCGAGGAGUACCUCCGGCAGCGGACUCUCUGAGCGGGAAAGACGGCGACGCUCUGGGACGGGACCACCAUUACCGUCACAAACCAGCUUGCUGGCCUUAAUACAGCAACAACAGCAACAACAGCAGCCACAUCAUAGCCGGAGCCAGUCGCAAGUUGGUCAGUCGGUGAAAAUGCAUGAUAUAAGUGAGGGGCGGCGACAAAAGGCCGCGUCAGAGCUAUGA